AGUGAUUGGAGGGAGCUUCAGUCUCAGUGUGGGAAUCACAGCAACGCCAGAGCAUCGUUCAUUUGUCAAAUUGAGAAGGAAACCCAGUAUCCUACACAACAUGAGGGCUUCAUCUUACACCCAGAAGAGCUUACAGGUCAGCAGCUCCUCUGGCAGGGUGAGGGUUCAGAGCCCAUCCCCUUCCCGGUGCCGUGGAUCAUCGUACGACAGCCGCGGGCGCUCAGGGUUUCGCGGAACCGCAGUCGAGCUGGGCACAGAGAUACACCAGCAGCAUGCCAACGAGAAGGAGGAGAUGCAGGAGCUCAAUGUCAAAUUUGCGGGAUACAUCGCAAAGGUCCAGGCCCUCGAGCAGAGAAACGCCGCCCUGCAAGCCGAGCUGGCCGCUCUGCAGCAACGCUACAAGGGAAGCCCGAGUGGCAUCAGUGACGAAUACGAGCUCAAGUUCAAAGAGGUGCGGGAGCUGAUCGAAACCCUCACCAACGAGAAGGGAGCCGCAGACAUCGAGCGAGGCUACAUCGAGGAGGAGGUGGAAGUGUGGCGACUGAAGCUGGAGGAGGAGCUGGCGCUUAAAGAGGAAGCGGAGAUGAUUCUCAGGGAGUUUCGCCAGGAUGUUGACAGCGCCACGCUGCAGAAGGCCGAGCUCGAGAAGCGCAUUGAGCAACUAGUGGCGGAGAUCGAGUUUCUCAAGAAGCUGCACGACGAAGAGGUGGCCGACCUCAUGAAGCAGAUCGAGGACUCGAAGAUCACCGCUGAGUUGGACGGUGACCGCCCUGACCUGGCGGCUUACCUGCGCAACAUGCGUGCAGAGAUAGAGGCCGUUGCCGCUCGAAAUGUCCAAGAAGCCGAGAAGUGGUACAAGAGCAAAUUCGACACGCUCAAGGAGCAUGCAGGGAAACACGAGGAGCACAUGAAGACCAUGAAGGAAGAGAUCACAAGCUACCAAAAUCAGGUGUCAGACCUACAGAACCAGAUCGACGCCCUGAGAGCUCGCAAUGCGGCCCUGGAGCAGCAGCUGGAGGAAAUGGAGAUCUCCCACAUGGACAAGGUGGGAGGUCUGGAGGCCAUCAUCGCCCAGCUGGAGGCUCAACUCUGCGAGACCAAACUGGAGAUGACCAAGUAUCUUCAAGACUACCAGGAACUGCUGCACAUCAAGCUCAAGCUGGAUGCAGAGAUCGCCACCUACAGGAAGCUACUGGAAGGAGAAGAGCAGAGGCUGGGAAUCGCUAAAGAUAACUAAGAAUUACCCUCAGUCCUGAACAGGGAGGCCUGCAGAGCACCAUGGAGCAGAGCAACCACCGCAGCCUUGUUAGAAAGACUUAAAGAUGUCUUAAUCAAAGGACUGGGUGUUGUUUAACAUUAUAAUAACCAUAGUAAGGCUUUCAUUGAUUAACUGAACAGAACCCAUAAAAGUCCAAAUUACUGUUCCUGUUAGGAAUUUAGUUCCAGAAAAAUACUUCAAAUCUAACAGCGAUAUGUAUCUAAUGCGCAGUUUGGGAUAAAUUAUGUUUCAUAUUACCCAGCUCUUUUCCUGUAUAAUUCAUGUUUGACUCCCAUUAGUUUGCUGCCAAGGCUCCUGUCCUCCGUCUUUCCUGAGAAAUUUCACAUCAUUUUCAAAACUCGUCCUCCUUCAUUCUGACCGUCCUUGUCUCAGCACAUAUCUGGGUUUGGCAGCCCUCAUUUCUCCUCGCUCGUUCUCCUUUCCUUCACUCCAGCUCCUGCAGUAGUCCUGCUAAAUUUACCUUCCCCUUUUUUUUCCUGCCAAGUCAGCCAACCCGCUGUCGUACCUCUGUCACUUCUCUGUGCUCCAGUCUCUCGCUUUGUGUCGUCAGUCUGCUGCCGCCUGUCCAAGUUUCCUUCACAGCAAAACUCCUGACUUGGUGCGAAUUGAAGACGGCCACCCUGACUGAUUCUGAGUGUUUGUGACAAGAAUAAUCUGUUUCCCCAUUUACACUGAUCUUUACCACCUGUUACUUAAUAAAGAUUUAAGUGAGUGCAUAUAAAA